AUUUAUUUUGUUCUAAUCGCUCCCGGAACCUGGGACCUCGCGGGAGGGGUACGGGGAGGGGUCUGGCCGGGAGGGGGGGGCUGGCACGGCCCGCCCUUCUCCGGAGCGCGCAGCGGGGCGGCCGGCGGGCCGGUGGCCGAGGCGCAGGGGCGGUGGCGCGGGCGCGACCCAGCCGGGGCGGCGGGGCGGGCGGCGCCCGAGGGGCAGGGCGCGCGCGGGGGCGCGCCAGGCCGGGGAGGCGCGCUCCGGCCGCGCUCGUUCUGCGCGCCCCGCGCUCCCUCGGCUCGCUCGCUCCCUCCUCCCGCGGCGGCCGCGGCGGCAGCAGGAGAAGGCGGCGGCGGCGGCAGCGGCGGCUGGGGAGCAGACAUGGCGGCGGAUCUGAACCUGGAGUGGAUCUGCUCGCUGCCGCGCUCCUGGACGUACGGGAUCACCCGGGGCGGCCGGGUCUUCUUCAUCAACGAGGAGGCGAAGAGCACCACCUGGCUGCACCCCGUCACCGGCGAGGCCGUGGUCACCGGGCACCGGCGCCAGAGCACAGAUCUGCCUACUGGCUGGGAAGAAGCAUACACUUUUGAAGGUGCCAGAUACUAUAUAAACCAUAAUGAAAGAAAAGUGACCUGUAAACACCCUGUCACAGGACAGCCGUCGCAGGACAAUUGUAUUUUUGUGGUGAAUGACCAGACUGUAGCAACCAUGACAUCUGAAGAAAAAAAGGAACGAUCAACAAACCUGAUAAAUGAAGCAUCAAACUAUAACAUGACUUCAGAUUAUUCAGUGCAUCCAAUGAGCCCUGUGGGCAGGACUUCACGGGCUUCCAAAAAAGUUCAUAAUUUUGGAAAGAGAUCAAAUUCAAUUAAAAGGAAUCCGAAUGCCCCGGUGGUCAGACGUGGUUGGCUUUAUAAACAGGACAGUACUGGUAUGAAGCUGUGGAAGAAACGCUGGUUCGUCCUCUCAGACCUUUGUCUCUUUUAUUAUAGAGAUGAAAAGGAAGAAGGUAUUUUGGGAAGCAUACUAUUACCCAGUUUUCAGAUAGCUAUGCUAACCUCUGAGGAUCACAUUAAUCGCAAAUAUGCUUUCAAGGCAGCCCAUCCAAACAUGCGGACCUAUUAUUUCUGCACUGAUACAGGGAAGGAAAUGGAAUUGUGGAUGAAAGCCAUGUUAGAUGCUGCCCUGGUGCAGACGGAACCAGUGAAAAGAAUUACCUUUAAUUUCCGAGUAGACAAGGUUACAUCUGAAAAUGCACCAGCCAAAGAAAUCAAUAACAUCCCCAACCACCGAGUGCUCAUUAAACCUGAGCUCCAGAACAACCAGAAAAACAGGGAGAUGACCAGAAAUGAAGAAAAAAAGGCACUAGAAGCUGAGAAAUACGGGUUUCAGAAGGAUGGCCAAGACAGACCUCUAACGAAAAUCAACAGCGUCAAACUGCUGCCCUCUGAGUAUGAUGGAGGGCCAGCGUGUCCACCCCAGUCCGGACUCUACAGGCCAGUCAACGCCAACAGUUCCGACAACAAAACGGUCAAUGUGAGCCUGGCGGACCUCCGGGGCCACCCAGGCACAGGGCCCUUGCACACAGAGGCCGAGCGGGUGCUGCAGAGAACGAACUCAAUGCAGCAGCUGGAGCAGUGGAUUAAAAUCCAGAAGGGCAGGGGUCAUGAAGAGGACCCCAGAGGGAUCGUCUCUUACCAAACCCUGCCGAGAAACAUGCCAAGCCACCGCGCCCAGGUGGUAGCCCGCUACCCCGAAGGCUACAGGACGCUCCCAAGGAACAGCAAGACCAGGCCCGAGAGCAUCUGCAGUGUGGCGCCCUCCGCACACGACAAGGGGGUGGCCCCGGGCGCUGAGGACAAGCGGCGCUCCAUGAGGGAUGACACCAUGUGGCAGCUGUACGAGUGGCAGCAACGCCAGUUCUACAACAAGCAGGGGGGCACCCUCCCGCGCCAUGGGACCCUGACCAGCCCUAAAACCAUGGUCAGCAUCUCUGACCAGACCAUGCACUCUAUCCCCACGUCCCCGUCCCACGGCUCCAUCGCCACCUACCAGGGCUACUCCCCUCAACGGACCUACAGAUCCGAGGUGACCUCCCCAAUCCAGAGAGGAGAUUCAACCAUAGACCGCAGGCACAGGGCCCACCCCUCUAAGCAUGUCUAUGUGGCUGAAAGAAGGUCAAUGCCAGUUGGCCUUACUCUGCAGUCUGUGAGUCCCCAGAGCCUCCAAGGCAAAACGCCAGAGGAGCUUACGCUGCUGCUCAUAAAGCUGAGACGGCAGCAAGCGGAGCUGAGUAGUGUCCGGGAGCACACGUUAGCACAGCUCAUGCAGCUCAAGCUCGAGGCCCACAACCCAAAGAAUGAAAUUCUUUCACACCAUCUUCAAAGGAACACCAUAUAUUUGGACCACCAGAUGAAAGAAAAUGAACCUAUAAUCACCAUGGUUCACACAAUGAUUGAGAACUCGGCGCUAAGACCCCAACUGUACCAGCAAUUCUUAAGACAGAAGAACAAGAUAAGUCUUUAUUGUCUUUCACAAGAUGAAUGUAGAGGCACAUUGUACAAAUAUAGACCCGAAGAAGUAGAUAUUGAUGCCAAGUUAAGCCGGUUAUGUGAGCAAGAUAAAGUGGUCCACGCUCUGGAAGAGAAACUCCAGCAACUCCACAAGGAGAAAUACACACUUGAGCAAGCUUUGCUCUCAGCCAGCCAAGAGAUAGAAAUGAACGCAGAUAACCCAGCAGCCAUCCAGACAGUGGUGCUGCAGAGGGAUGAUUUGCAAAAUGGACUCCUCAGCACGUGUCGCGAACUCUCUCGAGCCACUGCUGAGCUGGAGCGAGCAUGGAGAGAAUAUGAUAAAUUAGAAUACGACGUGUCUGUGACCAAGAACCAGAUGCAAGAGCAGCUGGAUCGCCUUGGUGAAGUGCAGACUGAAUCAGCAGGGAUUCAGAGGGCACAGCUUCAGAAAGAACUUUGGCGAAUCCAGGAUGUAAUGGAAGGACUGAGUAAACAUAAACAGCAAAGAGUCUCUUCAGAAAUAGGUAUGAUAGGAUCAAAGCCUUUCUCUACAGUUAAGUACAAAAACGAGGAAGAGGAAGUAGUCCCACCUCGUCCUCCACUUCCUCGGUCCUAUGACUUUACAGAGCAGCCUCCCAUAAUCCCCCCUCUGCCCAGUGAUAGCAGCUCCUUGCUCUGUUAUAGCAGGGGCCCAGUCCAUCUGCCUGAAGACAAGAAGAUUCAUCAAGUUCAAGGAUAUCCAAGAAAUGGAUCUCACUGUGGUCCAGAUUAUAGACUCUACAAGAGUGAGCCAGAGUUAACAACAGUGGCGGAAGUUGAUGAAUCAAAUGGGGAAGAAAAAUCAGAGCCUGUUUCAGAAACAGAAACAUCUGUUAAAGGUUCCCACUUUCCUGUUGGAGUUGUCCCUCCAAGAACAAAAUCACCAACACCCGAAUCUUCUACCAUCGCCUCGUAUGUAACCUUAAGGAAAACUAAGAAGAUGAUGGAUUCAAGAACGGAAAGACCGAGAAGUGCAGUGGAACAGCUCUGCCUGGCUGAGAGUACCCGCCCCCGGAUGACAGUGGAAGAGCAGAUGGAGAGAAUCAGGAGACACCAGCAGGCGUGCCUCAGGGAAAAGAAGAAAGGAGCCGGUGUUCUCGGUGCUCUAGACCCCUCGCCCUUACAGAGUCCUUCCAGUCUCCGGGAUAAUCCCUUCAGGAUUUCCCAGACUCGAAGGAGGGACGAUAGCAUUAAAGAACUGGAGCCUGGCAUCAGAGAAGAUGAUAGGAAGCCAAUCCAUGAAAUGCCAGCCACAGAAACUGUCCGACUAAAAGAAGCUGAACCUGAAAAUAUGGAUAUUAGCAAAGAGUUUAAAAAAACUGAAGAUGUUUUGUACGAAACAGUUUUCAAACCUGAGCCAAAUGGAGUAAAUUCAGAGGAAGCCACAGAAGUUACAGAUCAAGAGAGGAAUAAAGAACAAGUGCGUGAGGAUGCUUCAGACAGCCCUCAAGAUGAGACAGAGAUCACAAAUCAUAAAACAGAAGGCCAGCCCGGAGCCAGUACAGAGGACGACGUUUCCGAGCAGGAGGAAAGCGUGAUUCCUUAUGAGCUAACAACUCCUGAAGCAUCUCGAGGAACCCAAACAGUGGCAGUGAAAAGUCUGUCCCCACCUCCUGAGUCCUCAGCGUCUCCAGUUCCACCCACUCAGCCGCAGCUCACAGAAGGAUCCCAUUUCAUGUGUGUGUAGUCUCAGAAAGAAAAACUACACUGACUUCUGUCGAAACCAUUCAAAGCUAAGGACAUGGACCUCCAGCCAAUGCGAGAAGACAUUGUACAGUAUAUUUUAAAUCUAUGAAAUUCAUAGUUCUGAUGCUUUUGGCCACGGAGCAUCAUUUUAUCACUUCUGGAAAAUGUUUAUUCCAAAGCAGCUUUAAUGGCUUAUCUGUACACUCCGUAAUCUCAAGGUUAUUUUUCUGACACCAGCUUGCUGCUAUGAUUUCAGAGCACAUACAUAAAGGUGCUUUUUUGUGUGCGGUCCACAGCCAGAGCUUACUAAACAGUUUCUGAUUUCCAGAUUUUGAUGUUGUUUCUUGAGUCUCAGUGGAUUUAUAUUUCUUUGUUUUGUUUGUUUUUGUUUUGCUUCUCAGUACAUAUUGUGCAUUUAGUUAUUUCCAGUGAAACUUGUUUCCUUUUUUUUUUUUUUUUCCUUCUCAUUUUGGCUCCUGCAAGACUUUGUUUCACACUUAAUUUGUUUAAAAAAAUUUAUAUAUAUAUUUAAAGUGUGCCAUUUUUUUGCUGAGUGAAGUAUGUCCCGUUUUCUGCUAUGAUUAUUUCUUGGUCAGAUUGCACCGUCAGCAGUUACUGCCACACACUUGUCAGCUUACACGCCAAUGUUAUCGCUUACUCUUUCUUAAACAAAUAAAAAUGUAGGUAUUUUGAAGUACUGGGCUUAUACUUCAUUGGAAUAGAUGUGUACAGCAAUAAGCAGGUUUUCAAAUCCCGUACUUAGUUUGUGUACAAAUGUAAUUAUGUUCAUUGUGUAUAUACUAUACAAUGAGCACAUGUAAUGUAAGUAUUUAAGGCUACUUACUAUUGUUUAAAUGCAAAUGUUCAUAUCUCAUUUCUUUUUUAUCAUGUUAAAUAAAUGUUGAUGUUCUUAAAUCA